AUGGAACUGACAAAUCUGAAGAAACAAAAGAUAACCGAGGAAGAAGCACCAAUGAAUAAGUUGCCGGAUCCACUCCUCGUUCAAAUUCUCUCACUUCUCCCAACAAAGGAUGCAUUCAGAACUUGUCUAGUCUCUACAACGUGGCGGCGUCUCCUCACUUUUAUUCAUAGCUUCAAUUUCACUUGCCGGGAAAGAGAAGAUUUAUCCUUUAUUCAUAAUGCAUUAGCACAUUCACUCUCUUCCAAAAUUAUAAAGUUCCAACUCGACUUAACUUACUUGCGUCUAUCAGACUGCAGUUUCAGGCCUGAGUAUGAAACCCUAAUUGGUCGUUGUUUUAGUUUUGCUGUUGAAAGACAAGUGGAAAAUGUUGUGUUGUGGUCUCAGUAUAGUAAUAGGUUCACAUUGCCUGAAUCUCUCUGCACAUGUUCGUCUUUGAUAACUUUAGAUGUUCAAAAUUGUGACCUUAAUAAAGCAGUCAUAGCGUGGAACUCAUUAAAGAGUAUAAAGUUGGGGCAUUUGAAGCUAACUGAUGAUGAUAUGUUAGAUGAUUUCCUUUGCCACUUUCUUGACAAUUCCCUCUGCAACUCUGAGUUACUUGAUUUGGCCAAUGGAGAUAAUAUGGAUUUGCUGAGUGGGGUUCCAAGUGUUGAGUUUCACAACCUCAAGAAGGUUAAGAUUGUCAUCUCCUCGGAAGCGUGCUUGAAAGAUCAUGUCAAAAGGGGCUUUGAAAAGGUUUCCAAACCUUCAGAAUUUCUAUUGCUGAAUGCACCGUUUUUGGAGAAUUUCUUUAUCAUAUCAAAGAGAAGAAGAUGUGAGACAUGUUCAAUGAACUGUCUAUCCCAAUAUUUAUCUUGA